CGAAUUUUCGAAAGAAGAAAACAAGAAGAAAGAAUCGCGGGGUUUAAAAAUUCCUGCGGCGAAUUCACUUGUGGUCAUCGCCGUCGAUGACGUGACCCAGGUUCGGCGUGGGGACAGAACCGAGUGGGGAUGGAGAAAGUGACGCGGCCGUGAGUUUGUGACACGCGAUUGCCGAAACUGGGGGAUAUUAAAACAAAAAAGAAGCAGGAGAAGAACAAGAAGAAGAAGAACGAGAACAGGAGGGAGAACAAGAAGAAGAGCGGGAUAAAAGGCGGGAAAAGAAUAUUGAAAAAAAGAAAGAGCCCGGCCGACAUGACGUCGUGGCGCGGGCUCGUCGUCGUCAGCGUCGCGUUCUGGUGCGCGGCUGUCGAGCUCGUCGUCGUCGUCGAUGCCGACCGCGGCGACAUGCCCAUCAACUCCUUUCGUGGCGACGGAUGCGAAUGUAAUGGACGAGCACAAGACUGCAGGUUCGACCAGGAACUGUAUGAUUCCACUGGCCGAGGCGGGUAUUGUCUCAACUGCGUUGGCAACACUGCGGGGCCACAUUGCGAACGCUGUUCCAGAAGUUUGCAGUGUGAUAGUGAAGGCAAAUGUCAGUGCAAGCCGGGAGUCGGUGGAGAAAAGUGCGACCAAUGCUUACCCAAUUUCUUUGGGUUCAGCGACACGGGUUGCCAACCCUGCGGCUGCGUGGUGGCCGGCAGCCUGGACAACGAACCCCGUUGCGACCCAGCUUCAGGGGACUGCAUUUGCAAGGAGAACGUGGAAGGCAGUCGUUGUGACAAGUGCAAACCGGGUUACUUCAACCUCAAGUUCGACAACAGGUUCGGGUGCUCAGCAUGUUUUUGCUACGGACACUCGUCAAUUUGCGAGUCGGCAUCUUCCUAUGCCAAAGCCUCAGUGUCGAGCAUUUUUUCUCGCGGUGAAGAAGGUUGGACUGCUGUGGACGUGUACCAAAGCCCAGUCCCUGUUUCCUACAACACUGUGUCCCGUUCGAUCCAAGUUGACGCUUCCGGGGAUGAAGCAGUUUAUUUCGUCGCUCCACGUAAAUUUUUGGGCGAUCAGCGAGCGUCGUACAAUCAGCAACUCGUUUUUCGGCUGCGGAUCGGAGAAGUGGGAUCCAAAGUUAGAGCUGAUGAUCUUAUCAUUGAAGGCAAUGGUAUGACGAUUUCGCAGCCAAUCUUUGGUCCUGGGAACACCCUUCCAAGCAUUCAAACACAAGAAUUCCGGUUUGUAUUGCACGAACACCCGGACUACAGAUGGAGCCGUCGGAUGAGUGCCAAGGACUUCAUGACAGUGCUGAGCAAUGUGACGAGCAUCCGGAUCCGUGGCACUUUCAAUCCUCGCGGUGUCGGUUUCUUGGAGCAUGUAGAGCUGGAGUCUGCGCGACGAGGCCUGACUGGCCCGGCUGCCGACUGGCUCGAGAUGUGCACCUGUCCAGAGGGCUACGUGGGCCAGUUCUGCGAGUCCUGUGCCCCCAGGUUCCAUCACUCGCCUCCACUGGGUGGCCCAUUCGCCAAGUGCGAUCCCUGCAAUUGCCACGGCCACGCCGAUGUCUGCGACGCGGAAUCCGGGAAAUGCAUUUGCGCUGACAACACUGCGGGUGAUAAUUGCGAAAGAUGUGCCAGAGGGUUUUACGGAAACGCAGUGGUGGGCACGAAGGAAGACUGCAAGCCGUGUCCGUGUCCCAACGAUGGCCCCUGCAUUCAAAUCACCGACGGCAGCGUCAUCUGUACAGAAUGUGCUGAAGGAUACUCCGGCAAAAGGUGUGAUGUUUGCUCCGACGGUUAUUUCGGAGACCCAAGUGGGAAACAAGGACCCGUGAGCACACCCUGUCAGAAGUGCGACUGCAACGGAAAUAUCGAUCCCAAUGCUGUCGGGAAUUGCCGGAGGACAACAGGAGAAUGUCUCAAGUGCAUUUACAACACGGCUGGGCCACAAUGCGAAGAAUGUCGUCCUGGCUACUACGGAGACCCUCUCAGCAUCCCCAAGGGAGAUUGCAAACCUUGUGGAUGUUUCCCCGUUGGCACAGUGGAGACCAUCACACAUGGUGGUGAUGGGUACCAAGACAAGUCCUUCGUGACUUACAGUUGCGACCAGCUCACUGGCCAGUGUUCUUGCAAACCUUACGUCAUUGGGCAAAAAUGCGACCGAUGCGCCGACGGGUUCUUCAAUAUCCGGAGUGGAGCAGGUUGCGAAGCUUGCCAGUGCAAUGCAAUCGGUUCGAUGAACCAGACUUGCCAUCCUGAAACUGGCCAAUGUUUCUGCAAACCCGGCGUCGUCGGACUCAAGUGUGACCAAUGUGCCGAUUAUUUCUACGGGUUCUCCUACGACGGCUGCAAGCCUUGCGAAUGUGAUGGCAUGGGAUCCUUGUCACUGCAGUGCGACACAGACGGAUCGUGUCCGUGUCGAGAAGGUGUGACAGGGCGACGGUGUGACAGGUGCGCAGAGAACAGGUACGAUCGACAGUCGGGCUGUCGAGAAUGUCCGGCUUGUUACUCCCUCGUGCUUCUGGCCGUCGAGGAACACCGUGCCAAAAUCGGCCAAAUUCAAAAGCUGCUGGACGAGAUUGCCAACAAUAGGACGCUGAUAGAAGACGCCAAUUUCGAGAGCGAAUUGCGGCGAGUUCAGUUUGACGUCAACAAGCUUCUGGAAGAUGCCAAGCGAUCCACGGAUGCUGUUGCUGGAGGAAAUAUUAGUUUAGCAGAACAGCUCCUAGAGUUGCAAAAACGAAUGGAAACCAUGACUGCGAAGCUGUCGGUCAUUUACGACACCGUCAGAGACUCCACGGAAAAGGCCGGAAGAGGAGAUAGUGCGGCGUAUCAAACGGAGACCAUCAUUUCCCAAGCCAAAGAAAUUCUCAAGAAUGCCGAGACAUUCUUGGACCAGGAAGGCGGAGAUGCUUUGCGUCGUGCCGAAGAACGCUCGAAACAAUUCGGUCAGCAGAGCGAGAGAAUGUCGGAAAUUUCUCGCCAAGCCCGUCAAUUGGCCGACAAGCAAAAAUUGGAGCAACUGGACAAGGAGACGACUCUACUCACGACUUUGCUGCGAGACACUCAGGAACAAUCGUCUCGAAGCCACACGGAGUCGAGUGAAGCCCGAGACAAGGCCAUGAACCUGGUUUCUGAGGCCAGGUUGGUCUCCGUACCUGACCUGGAUACAGCAGCACUGGACGCGGAAUCGGCCAGAAUCAGGGAAGAAGCCGAGGAAGUUGCGAAAAAUGCUGUUGAGCUUGUGCGGGAAAACGAAGAGUUGUUGCGCGUGACAGAUACCAAGAUCAAGGACACUGCGGAAUUGCUGGAGCGUGGAAUUCAGCAGCAACAAAUUGCCGAUUCCUUGCUUGCGGAGGUUGAUUCUGCAAAAGCGGACGCGGAUGAGGCUGUGCGCAGAGGAGACACGAUUUUGGCGGAGGCUGAGAAAACUCUCAACACUCUCAAAGAUUUCGAUGGCCAGGUUCAAGAGAGCAAAGACAGAGCCGCAAACUCGUUGCAAACGAUCGACGACAUCACGCGACUGAUUGAGGAAGCCGAGCAGUUGACGGUGAAGGCGCAUCAAGCACUCCGCGGGGCGGAACAAGAAGCCGACCAGGCUCGCAGCAUCGCGGAACAGGCCGAGGUCUUGAGCAACAGCGCGUCGAACCAGGCCGGUCAGGUCGAAGAAGAGACCCGGGCCACGAAAAACCAGGCCACGGAAUUGAAAGCCAAGACCAAUGACAUCGACAUUGAGGUCCGGAGAUUGGAUGAACGAUUGGAAAACUACCAGGACCAGGCGCAAAGGGACAAGAACGUGAGUCGGCUAGCAUUGGAGAAGGCGGAACAGGCCAAAGCCAAUGCCGCCACUGCCAGAGAUCGCGUGAAAGACGGCCUGGCGAAAGUUGAAGAAAUCCGCCGAGAUUUGAAUCGCAUUGACAAAAUUGACAUCCGGGAACUGGAGCGACUAGAGCGGAUAUACCGGGAAGUUGAGAUCGAAAUUCAGCAGUCUGGACUGGAGGAGACUCUCAUGGACUUCCGCACUGCAAUUAACCUACAGCAUAAUUGGAUGACAGAUUACGAAAAGGAGCUGGAAUUCCUCACGAGCGAAGUGCGCAACAUCAAGGCCAUCAACGACGCCCUGCCCGACGGCUGCUACAAACGUGUCACUCUGGAGCCGUAGGAAUUUCCCGAAUCUGAGCGAUUGAAAAAAAAAAUUAAGGUGCUGUGGGAUAUAUAUGCGACAUCAAAAAAAGCACUUAAAAGCAAUACAAAAAAACGAAAACAAGCAAAGAAAACUGCCAAUUUGACCAUCAAUUGAUGAUACUGAAUGACAUCACUGACGUACCUCGGCGAUGAAGGAAACUAAAAACUGCUGCUGCACGUGGGUGCAUUUAUACUUGGGACGAAUGAGUGAAAGGGAGACGACAUUCGUGUGGAUCUUAGUUGAGCUUAGAUAAUUUCGUUUGUUUUGUUUUGUUUUUUUUUUCCUUCUCCUAUUUUUUGCGGUCAUUUUGAUUUCUUUUCUCUGCAAGUCGAUAUUCUGGAUGACAUAACGAAAAACGUCAUGAGGGUUGGGUCGAAAGCCUUCGUGAGCUCUUUUUUCAAAAAUAGAAUAAAAAAGAUUUGAUUUUCAUUUAAGUUUAAGCUCUGUGUGGAGAAUCUCUGAAUUAUUGAAAGACACAGAAUUUCACGAACAUUCUUUCAAUUUUUCAUCUCGAAUUUGUUGAUCUUAUUAUGAACAAAAUGCGAGAAAAUAAAAACAAGCAUAUCGGAAGAAUAAUUAAAAUUUUGUCCAAGUAUGUGCAGCCGUCUUCGCAAGUUUCGAAAUGCGUAUUGUUUUUAUUUCAAGGAAGAAUAUUUUGCGUUGUUAUAUUUUCUCGAGGAAAUUAUUGCAGUGUGUAUACAGUAGUGUAUUUCAAUCUUCAUGGAGUUCCGAAAUAGCGUCAGCAGAUUUUCAACAAAAACCUCGCAUGAAAGAAAAAAAUUAACUGGUUGAAAUAAGACUAAUUAUAAAAUCACGAGGCAGCGACAACUAUGAUAUAAAUUCACCCCCUUGACAUCGGAAAUUAGUCAAUUUAAAUUAUAAUUCCAGAUUUCAAAUCAUGGCAACACAAAAUCGUAGGUUCAAAAUCAAAUUUAAGAAUUAAUCGUGCAAUAAUCUCGCGUAAAAUAUUUUAGGAAUUUGGCAGAUUUUUGUUUUGGCGAAUCUCAAUGAAACAUUCGAAUUUUCACGUUGGAGGUUUAAAAAAGUUGAACAUCUUCCAUCGUUCGUGUUAAUUUUUAUCCUUCGACUGAAGAAACUUUUGGCCUGACCCUCAUCGUGACAUUGUUGUAUAGCCGAUCAGAUAUACGAGCAAGAACAACGAAUUUCUUUUUUGUAAAUAAGGAAAAAAAGGAAAGAAAAGAAAACCCGGACGUGGUGCUUGCUUGUUUGACACGAACAUGUAUUUUGUUUCAAGCCAGUAGUUGAUGAAGAGAAGAAAGAAGGAAAGGAAAAAUUGCGUGAAUCUCGCACGGGAAUGAAUUUUGAGUAUUUUGCGAAGCUUCUGAAAGGCGUGAGUGACGUUUGACAAAACCUCAACUAUGGCAUUUUGAUUACUCGAGUCUUGCGAUCUGGUCGGAAUAAAAGACGGUCGGAUUCCCUAUUGGA